AUGAGGACGGCCAGACGGGCAAGCAAUGUGGAGGUACCCUCAUUCCUCCGCCAGCUGGUCAAAGAGACAGAGAAGAUGGUCACCUUCUUCUUCAAAGGGGGGCCCAGGGAAAGAACACCUGAGGAGGAGGAAAAUUUGGAUGAUGAUGACUCGAUGCCAAGCCCGUAUCUGGAGCGUCCCGUAUUAGAGAAGCAUGUGUCAGAGGGGGGUUCUCAGUUAGGGAUGAACUAUGCUGUGGCAAGCAUGCAGGGCUGGAGGACUCAGAUGGAGGAUGCCCACACCUGCAUGCCUCGGCUGAGCGGAGAGCUGUCAGAUUGGGGAUACUUUGCUGUGUUUGACGGACAUGCAGGCACCACAGUUGCACAGUACUGCUCCAGAAAUCUGCUCGAUCGCAUCCUGGCUACAGGUGGGAUUAAAGCAAGCGAGGACCCUGAGCAGGUGAAGGAGGGGAUCCGUGAGGGCUUCCUGGACAUUGAUAGUCACAUGCACAAACUUGCUCGUGAGGACAGCUGGGACCGUAGUGGCUCCACUGCAGCAGCAGUGUUGAUUUCCCCUCGUUACAUUUACUUUAUCAACUGUGGUGACUCCCGCACCCUGCUCUGCCAUAACGGCAAAGUGGCCUUUUACACCGAGGACCACAAGCCAUUCAACCCCAGAGAGAAAGAGCGUAUCCAGAACGCUGGAGGCUCAGUGACCCUGCAGAGAGUGAACGGGUCGCUGGCUGUCUCCAGAGCACUGGGAGACUUUGACUUCAAGGAGGUGGACUGGAGGCCACAGACUGAGCAGUUAGUGUCACCGGAGCCAGAAGUGUACGAGCUGGAGAGGACGCCUGAAGACGAGUUCCUAAUUCUAGCAUGUGAUGGUGUUUGGGACGCCAUUGGUAAUGAGGAACUCUGCGCCUUCGUGCGCAGCCGUCUGCAGGUGUGCGAUGACCUGAGAGAGAUUUGUACCCAAGUCAUUGACCUCUGUCUCUACAAGGGCAGCUUGGACAACAUCAGCAUCAUCAUUGUCUGCUUCCCUGGCGCCCCCCAGGUGUCACAAGAGGCACUGCAGCAGGAGGCAGAGCUGGAGCAGCAGAUAGAUAUGAAAGUGGGAGAAAUUAUCCAGAUGAUGAGGUCCAGAGAUGAAGACCCUGAUCUUUUGUAUGUGAUCAAAUUCCUGGCUGCAGAAGAAAUGCCUGGACUUCCACCAGGAGGAGGCAUAACCAGCAAGCGCGACUGUAUCAUCGCUGCGUAUCAGAAACAUGUUAUGACUCUCAGGACUCAAGAGCCUAUGGACAUCGAAGGAUCAGAGGAGGACUCAAACUAA